CUGGACAGUUUACCACCAAACGUCGGAGAGAGUCGCCUUUCAACCCAGUAGCAAACCACGCGCUCGAUUCCUCAGCGGACCCGUGUCUGUGUCCAUCUGGUCCACACUGAAACGACUAUGUCUAGGCAAAGAGCGCAGUCAUAGGUCUUCGCUCCGCGCCGCCGCCGCCGCCACGGCCGCACCCUCGCCGCCGUCGCCUCGGCUCCAGACGAACAACGGCAACAAUAAGAAAAGACGCUUUCGCGAGGACCUGCGCCAGUUGGCAGACGACCGGGCGAAGGAGGCGGCGGCCCAUCGCCGGCCCCCCUCCUUCAGAUCAAAAAACAGAGGCGCCCAAACUCCGCCGGGACUAGCUAACCCGGAGGCCGCGCUACGUCAUCGGCGUGUUGGGACCGCGUCCCCGCAACGACCGCUUAGAGACGAACGAAGGACGUGCGUGCUUCUCGUCAAAUGCGCUCCUUUUUCAUCUUUGACGGAGCACUUUCCAUUUCGGUCGGCCGCACUUUCAACACUAGUCCAAAACCUGCGGCUUUGGUUUCAGACACCAACUGGUAUUCACCUUGACGGAAUGUCGUGCCUUGAACCUUCAACUUGUUCUUCUGUCCCUGAUUUCACAGCUCGCUUGAGUCAAGUCUUUUUCUUUUUCACUGUAGCGGACAUGUUUUGGGUGGUUUUUUGCUUCGGAAUGCCGUUGUCGCACUGCAAUAUUGACACAGCAAAUGCUCUUCUUCAAACCAUCAAAUGACUUUUUUUCAGGGGGGGGGGGGGCUCCUCUCCUUUGGCAGUAUGUUGUGGUGAUGAAAGACACUGUUGCCGCCCAAAGGAAAAAAUGAAUGAAGGAGGCAGGACGCUGCAAGCGGACGCGAGCCUCUUUCGGGUCAAACGGUUCUUGUUUUGCUGCUUGUCUCGUUUUCAUAGACGGCGGCACAAGAUUUGCACAAUUUAUUCUUGCGCUUUUAUUUUGAAGCGUUUGCCAUUCUUACAGCUCAGCAAAAAGCGCGGACGUUUCUUAAACCUAUCAAGGAUCUUUGCAAGCUGUGAAUUGUACAGAGUCGUCAACAGUCUAUUUUGUUCCACUUUGUGCAGGGGUGGCUUGGGAGUCGCGGUAUCAAUUCGCUUGGAAUUGGGACUUUAGUAGUCAUUUAUGCAGAAUCCUCUACUUUGGGGAGUUACGGUACUUCCGGUUGAAAGAGACUUUUGUUCUCUGGCAUUUCUCUCUGGGCGCUUCUGCUUUGUUUUUGUUUGUUCUGCGUAGAGGACUCACUGGACAAAUUUGGGUGGCGGCUGGCGUUCCCUCACAGUUAAUACGCUCCCAUGGAGGGGGGGGGGGGGGUUUACUUAGACCUGCCACGCUGCGUCACUCAUCCGACCCGCUGCACUGUUUGAUCGUGUUGAGAGACAAAUAAAUAUUUUCAGUCUGACGGUCACAUUGGAUUGUUUUGAUUUGAAACGAAGCACCCGGCCACUCUUAUUAACGUGUCGGGAUGAGAGGCUCGGAUGAUGGAUGGAUGGACCGAAGGCACCCCUCUAGUGGUUCAUGGUAGACUGCUUUCAAUGUUGCUUUUAAUCCAGUGCUGCGUUUAUUUUAAGUACGGUACUUUUGAAUCCAACCUUUUACAACUCUUACUUUUCAAACAUUUAUUUCGUUAUUUUGUAUGACUUGUGCACUACAUUUGAAUUGAACGGUUAGGGUCGUUACACCCCCAUCUGCUUCCAUUUUUCAGAUUACAAUCCCAUGAAAUACAAAUUUCCGGACUCAUUUAAAACACGGUGGCGUCAAUAUGUUUUGGAAUUUUAUUUUAGUUUAUGAAUAAACACGUUCCACCAAGACGGCAGUUUUCGAUUUCGUGAGGUCGAAGACGGAUAGUCUACAAAGCGGCAGAUUCGCUCGGACGCGACAUGAGAACGAUGUUGAUCACACGGGAUUACAAAGGCCAAUUAAACAAGUUGAUACGAACCCCCAAAAUGUGACCCAGUAACAAAGGCGAAAACAGAGAGGGGGGGGGGGUCUGGGAAAGGAUCCCUGUUUUCCCGCUUUGUGUGUCGAAUGUGCCGACGGGCGCCCAAGACGACGGCGUUGUUGGAGCAAUGGCGGCCCCCUUUGUGAUUCGGCCCAACUGACCGAAUCGUUCGUUUCUCUCCGACUUUUUCUUUUUGGAUUUCUUUUCCGCACGCAAUGCAACGCCCGCGAGAGGACAUUGUUUCCUGAAACAACCGCGCGCUCGCCUCAAACGUCGUCUCCUGGGACCCGGGAACCACUCGGCGUCGAUGCGUGAGCCUCGGAAGGCUCGGUGCGAUGCGAUGGAAGGGAUGUAAACCCGAGCAGCGUCCGAGCCGGCCGCGGCCGCCGUUGGCGUGAUGGGACUGGACUUUGACGUCAAGACCUUCUGCCACAACCUGCGGGCCAGCAAGCCGCCUUACGAGUGUCCCGUGGAGAGCUGCCGGAAGGUCUACAAGAGCUACAGCGGCAUCGAGUACCACCUGUACCACUAUGACCACGACAACCCGCCGCCCGCGCAGGCCGCGCCCCACAAGAAGCGCAAGGGGCGGCCGCCUCGCGCGCCGCUCGCCGGCUCGCCGGAUCCGGACGAGGGCGGGCCGGAGCAAGGGGCGGGGCCGGGGCGCGGCGGGAGCUCGCCCCGCAGCCCCGGUCGCUCGGAGCCGUCGCGCUCCCCGGGCAGGGACGCCAUGACCUACGCCCAGGCGCAGCGCAUGGUGGAGCUGGAGAUCCAAGGCCGCGUUCACCGCAUCAGCAUCUUCGAGAACAUCGACGUGGUGUCGGAGGAGGACAGCGACGGCGAAGACGACCCGCCGUCCGUCCCGGGCGUCCACUCGGCGGGGGCGUGCAACGGGAGCGACGGCGGCGAGGCGGGCGGCGCCGGCGGCAACGAGCGGCCCGACGUCGCGUCCUCCAACGGGGGCAAAGCCACGCCCAAGUCUGGCAAGCAUAAGAGCAAAGAAAAGAAGAAGGAGGGCUCGGCCUACCACCACGGCGCCCAGUCGGGCCCCGCCGUCAAGCUGCCGGAGGCCGUCUUCCGCGAACUGGACCAAGACAGGCCCGACGCGCCCCCGCGCCCGUCCUCUUACUACAGGUACAUGGACAAGUCGGUGGAGGAGCUGGACGAGGAGGUGGAGUACGACAUCGACGAGGAGGACUACAUCUGGCUGGACAUCAUGAACGACAAGCGGCGGAUGGACGGCGUCACGCCCAUUCCUCAGGAGGUCUUCGAGUACCUCAUGGACCGUCUGGAGAAGGAGUCCUACUUUGAAAGCCACAACAAGGCGGACCCGAGCUCGCUGAUCGACGAGGACGCCGUCUGCUGCAUUUGCAACGACGGCGAGUGUCAGAACAGCAACGUGAUCCUCUUCUGCGACAUGUGCAACCUGGCCGUCCACCAGGAGUGCUACGGCGUGCCCUACAUCCCGGAGGGCCAGUGGCUGUGUCGCCGCUGCCUGCAGUCGCCCAGUCGGGCGGUGGACUGCGCCCUGUGCCCCAACAAGGGAGGAGCCUUCAAACAGACGGACGACGCGCGCUGGGCUCACGUGGUGUGCGCCCUCUGGAUCCCGGAGGUGUGCUUCGCCAACACCGUCUUCCUGGAGCCCAUCGACAGCAUCGAGCACAUCCCCCCCGCGCGCUGGAAGCUGACCUGCUACAUCUGCAAGCAGCGGGGCUCCGGCGCCUGCAUCCAGUGCCACAAAGCCAACUGCUACACCGCCUUCCACGUCACCUGCGCGCAGCAAGCCGGCCUCUACAUGAAAAUGGAGCCCGUCCGAGAGACGGGGGCCAACGGAACCUCCUUCAGCGUGCGUAAGACGGCCUACUGCGACAUCCACACGCCUCCGGGAUCGGCCCGGCCCGCCGGGGGGCCGGGCGGCGCCAGCGCCGGCUCCUCGCAGAGCGAAGGUGAACCGGAGGAGGACGACGAGCCCGCCGCGGGCCACGACGACGACUCCAGGGGCUGGAGCUCGGAGCGGGCCAAGCGGGCCAAGGCCAAGUCUCGGCUGAAGAUGAAGAGAGCCAGGAAGAUCUUGGCCGAGAGACGGGCGGCCGCUCCCGUGGUGUCCGUCCCCUGCAUUCCCCCUCACAGGCUGAGCAAAAUCACCAGCAACUUAACGGUGCCCAGGAAGAGCCAGUUCAUGCAACGGCUUCACAGCUACUGGACCCUGAAGAGGCAAAGCCGCAACGGCGUCCCGCUGCUGCGGCGCCUUCAAACGCACCUGCAGUCCCAACGGCACCCGGAGCCCGUCCCGCCGCAGCCGUCGGCCCAACUUCCCGCGGUACGUGGCCGGCCGCUCCGCGUCGCCGUCUCUCGCCGACCGCGCGCCUCACCCCGUCCGCGUUUGAUCUCGCCGCCGCAGAGGGACGGCGAGGAGAAACAAACGCUUCUGAAGGAGCAACUCAAGGCGUGGCAGCGACUGCGACACGACCUGGAGAGAGCCCGGCUGCUCGUGGAACUCAUCCGCAAGAGGGAAAAACUCAAGAGGGAGACGAUUAAAAUGCAGCAGAUGGUGCUGGAGAUGCAACUGACUCCCCUCCUGGUGCUGCUGAGGAGCACGCUGGACCAGUUGCAGGAGAGGGACACCAACAACUUCUUCACUGAGCCCGUGCCUCUUGCGGAGGUGCCGGACUACCUGGACCAUAUUGACACUCCCAUGGACUUCCAGACCAUGUGGAACCGUCUGGAAAGCCACCGCUAUCUGACUUUUGAGGCCUUCGAGGGCGACUUUGGCCUCAUCGUCAACAACUGCCUCAAGUACAACGCCAAGGACACGGUGUUCUACCGGGCCGCCCUGCGCCUCCGGGAGAUGGGCGGAGUGGUCAUCAGGAGCGCCAGGCGGCAAGCGGACAGGAUCGGCUUCGACUACGAGACCGGCAUGCACCUGCCCCGGGAGGCCAGUCCUGACACCCGACGGGCGCUGGAGAGGGAGCGCCAGCGGGAGCGGGAACGAGAGCGGGAACGCGAGCGAGAACGAGACUGGCCGCUGUCGUCCAACGAAGACGAGCUCCUGGUGCCGGAGAACAGGCGGCGCUUGCCUCUGGAGGAGCAGCUGCUCUACGUGCAGGCGCGGCUGGAGGAGGCCAGCUCGGGGAAGCACAGCAUCGGCCAGUCCCGCCGGGCCAAAGCUCUGCGCAAGGAGCUCAGCAUCAUCAAGAGGAAACUGGCGCACCAGCGAGAAGGCGCCCCGGGCGGGGCCCGCGAUUCCCUCGGGGGAGGACCCGGCGCCGAUCGAGCUUCGCUCCCGCAUCGCCCGUCGUCGGCGGGCCGCCACGACGAAGGCGAAGAGAGCAGCAGUCAAGAGCUGGGCGGAAAGGAUCUGAGCGCGUCGUCGUCCGCCUUGGCUCCGGAGGUGGGUCGCCGGACGUCCGUUCUCUUCUCCAAGAAGAAUCCCAAAAUGGCCGGCCCUCCCAAAAGGCCCGGACGCCCCCCCAAAAACCGGGAUCCGGGCUACGUGGCGGCAGGGGUGGCCCCCAGCCCCAUCGGGCCCCCUCAGUUGCCCAUGCUGUCGCCGGGCAGGCAAAGGAAGCGUCCCCGCAGCCCCCGCACCAGCUCCACCUCCGACAGCGACAGCGACAAUGAUGAUCUGCUGCCAGGUCUGCCCAGCAACGGAUUCGAUGGGGGGAACCAGCCCGUGACGGAGAGCUUCCGCGUGUACCGAAACGACACGCGUCUUCCGCGCUCCAGCUCCGACUCCGAGUCCACCAGCAGCAGCAGCAGCAGCGCCGCCUCGGACCGGACCAGCACCACGCCGUCGAAGCAGGGCCGCGGAAAGGCGUCCUUCUCGCGCUCCGCCUUCCAGGAGGACAGCAGCGAGGAGACCUCCGGCACGGAAAACGAGUCGUACUCGGUCGGAGGCUCCCGGGGAGUUUCGCACCUGGUGCGCGGACGGGCGCGGGCGGGCUGCUGGAUGACGUCGGACGACUACGCGUCGUUGGAGGCGCUGGACUUGGUGUGGGCCAAGUGCCGAGGCUACCCUUCGUACCCCGCCUUGAUCAUCGACCCCAAAAUGCCCCGCGAGGGCGUGUUCCACCGCGGCGUCCCCAUCCCCGUGCCCCCGCUGGACGUCCUCAAACUCGGGGAGCAAAUGACCCAGGAAGCCCGCGAGCACCUCUUCCUGGUCCUCUUCUUCGACAACAAGAGAACCUGGCAGUGGCUGCCGCGCUCCAAGCUGGUGCCGCUGGGCGUGGACCAGGUGCUGGACAAGGAUAAGAUGCUGGAGGGCCGCAAGUCCAACAUCCGCAAGUCGGUGCAGGUGGCCUACCACCGGGCCAUGCAGCACCGCAGCAAAGUGCAAGGAGACCCCAGCAGCGAGACCAGCGACAGCGACUGAAAGCGCCGGCCGGCUUCUCACCGCAACGGCCCACGUCCUCUUGAAAUCUGCAAGCUGGCGCCGCGGAAACAGCCCGCCGCGGUCGUCCUCUUUUUCUUUUUUUUAUUUAAUCAGACAUGUGAAAUGUAAUUAAAAGCACGUGCCGAAUUGUGUACAAAGAGGAGGCCAGAAAAGUGGCCGCGCGGCGCAGGCAAAAAGCCGCCUUCAACCAAGCACGUCCGCCUUCGGACACCAAACAAAGCAGAAAGUAAUUCCGCCUAAUUUAUUCAGCGCGCGGCUCUUUGGCGAGCCCCUGCCGACACUCGGCCAUCUUUUUAAAACGUCACCUUCACAAUCAUGAUGUCACUAGUAAUCCCGACACUUCCCGUUUGGAAGCUUUUGUAAUGCCGCGCAGGUCGGCGACCCCAAGUGAGGCGGCAACGCCACGGCCUCACUGAUGCUUUGUCCCAAGAUGAGCGCUUUACAAGUUUUAUAUUCAUGCAGCUGGCAGAGGUUUUUAAUAAAAAAAAAUUAAAAAACACACACACA